AUGAAAGUGGUGAGAAGUGGGCCUCAAUUGGUAGGAAGAAAAACCCACAAUCCCUUGAGAGGCCUGCAAAGGUUUUAUCGGGCUGGACAUGAAAGUAGUGUGGAGAGGGCCUCAACUGGUACGAAGGUUCCCUUGAGAGGCGUGCAAAGGUUCUCUCAGGCUGGUCGGAGAUUGCCCUUCGAGUUUAGCAUAAAAGGGCGUGUCUACCCGGCAAUUCUACCGGUGGAGAACAAGAAAGUUUCAGGCAGGGUUCUGCAUGGUAUCACGAAUCCGGAAUUAUAUAUUUUGGAUGAAUUUGAGGAUGUUGAGUAUGAAAGAGUCACUGUUGACGUUUCUUUGAUGGACAGUUCUGAUAAGAUACAAACACUUGCUUAUGUUUGGGCAGACAAAAAAGACCCCAACUUGUAUGGGGAGUGGGAUUUUGAGGCGCAACCGCAGAAAAGCAAGAGAAUAAGAUGGAAUCAAGGUUAUAAUGCUUCAAGCUUGGUCAACUACAGUGUUAGCUUGUUGAGAAAGGUAGUUAUAGGUUUGCCAUGGCUGCCAGCUAGGUUAUUUGGUAAAGUCGCCGUGUCUCACAAGUGA